ACACAGCUCUGGUAUCUUCCAUAUCGGCCUCGCAUUUCAUAUUUAAAUGCCCAUCUUUCUCUCUUCUCCUCAUCGCAUCAUUUCUUGAAUUUCAUCAGAAUUAUUAUCUUUCAAAGCGUUUAUUUGCUCUGCAUUUUGUACUGCGAUUCACGGACCUGAGUUGUGAGGCGUGAGAAGAGAUGGAUCCCCUGUUAAGCACCGUUCAUCAAUUGCUAGGUGUUCCCGAUGAAAUGGAGAAGCUUCUCAACAAUCCUACGCGUACUUAUGUUCGGGACACAAAGGCCAUGGCUUCUACUCCUGUUGAUGUCAAGGAGUAUCCUAACUCCUAUGUCUUCAUAAUCGACAUGCCGGGCCUUAAAAACAAGGACAUCAAGGUUCAGGUUGAGGACGAGAAUGUGCUGACAAUCAGCGGCGAGCGAAAGAGGGAGGAGGAGCAGGAUGUAAAAUACACCCGAAUGGAGCGCAGGGUCGGUAAAUUUAUGCGCAAAUUUACUCUGCCAGAUGACUCUAACACGGAGGGCAUUUCUGCUACCUGUCACGAUGGAGUGCUUAGUGUGACUGUUCCGAAGCUUCCUCCUCCCGAGCCCAAGAAACCCAAGACUAUUGAAGUUAACAUUGCCUAAGCUCCCUGUUUUCCCCUCUCUGUGCUGUAUAACAGCCAUAUAUAGAAAUAUUAUGCCUGUGUUUGAGAUGGAGUACAUCCGAAUAUAAUGCUUAGGAUUUACUUGAGUUCUCGUCCCCUGGAUUUAACGAGAUAGAGAAGCUAUUUGAGAGUACUUCUGGUAACGAGAGAUAUGUAAGUUUCUGCAAAUGUUCUGUAAUUGAAAUGUCUUUGGUACAAAUCGAGAAAUACUCGAACUCAUUUUCUACGAAGGCUAAAUUUUCGUCUGUUAGUGCACCUGUCUUUCUGCAAUUGUUCUGUAAUUGAAAAGCUUUUGAUGCGAUUUAAGAAAAAUGUUAAAUCAUUACAGUGGAAGUUUAAUUUUUUUGUC